AUGCUCGCCUAUCAACACUACUACCCCGGCAGCGAAAUUCUACCCAGCGCAGAUCUCGGUCAGGCUGCGGCACGACAUGUGAAAUGCGGCGAAGAGAAGCCUAACUGCAAGAACUGUAUGAAAUCAAAUCGCGAAUGCAAAUACAAAAUAAAUCUUCCGAUAGAACGUCAUGAAAACCGCAACCAGGUCUACCACGGCCCUCGCUGGUCGCUCAGCGCAGACAACUGCCUCAAGGUACUACCCGGGACCAUGGAAGAGCGUGAGUUCGUGCAUAUAUUCUGCACAAAGACUGCACGCAUGCUUUCUGGGUACUCCACGUCUGACUUAUGGUGUCGCCUGCUACCGCAACUUAGCCAUCAUGAGCCUACGGUUCGACAUGCUGUCGUUGCGCUCAGUGCGGCUCAUGCUAAGCGUCCAUCCUCGUCUCGAGCACUCCAAAAGUCUCAUGAGGUCUUUGUUUUAGAACAGUACAGCAAGGCAAUUCAGAGCUUGCGGCUCCUGCUAUCAAAAGCCCAAGGCCCUUGCUUUACUGUAUUACUAGUGACAUGUUUGCUCUUUUCUGGUCUCGAAAUGCUCCACGGGAAUGAAAGGCGGGCACUUGAUCAUCUUGAGGGCGGGAUGAAGAUCCUUUCAAGUCAAAGGCAAGCCCAAACCUCCAUGGGGAAUAGUAGCGUGGAUCGCGAGUUGUUCCAGGUGUUAUACCGACUCAACAUUCAGCUUCCAUACUUUGGCCGGCCCUUGAUACCCUUGAAUAUAAGUCUGCAGAAGCUUGGUGUCAAAUCUCAUGAGAGACUGUUGACAUUCGACAACAUCGCACAAGCUCGCGAGGUGAUGGCGAAUCUCAUGCAACGGUCGAUACUCCUCAGUGCCACCAUUCGAAUGAGUGGAGAAAAUUCUCCCGAGUCAAGACUUCUGAAACAUGAAGAGGAGCAAAGAACGCUCCUGCGAGAGACCGAAAUGUGGUACAUGGCAUUCACGGAGAUGAUGAAAAAGCCAACCAAGGAGGUCGGAAUUCUCGAUCCGCGUGCCCCCUGGAUCCUACAAAUCGAGUACCACACGGGGAUGGUGUGGAUUCCCUGCAUUAGCUCCCGCGAGCAAUUAGCCUAUGACAACUAUCUGUCGCACUUUGAGGCAGUCUUUCAUGCAGCAGAGCAAGUAGUUCGUCUCAGUGAGGAGACCAACCCCGAACACCCAGGCUCGAAGUCCUUCUGUUUGGAUACCGAGCUUCUACCAAUGCUUUAUUGGACUGUGACUAAGUGCCGCUUUCCUUUGCUUCGACGUAAAGCAAUUUCCACGCUCUCUCGUUAUUCCAAACAAGAAGGUAUUUGGGAUGCGCAACUUUACUGUCGGAUUUUACAGAGAGUCGUGGAAAUCGAAGAAGCCCCGGUUGCUUCUCUGCCGGUUGAUAAAAGAAUUCCUGCCGAGGCCCAUCGUCUACAUGAUGUGCGCGUAAAUCCAGAGAAUGGCUUGAUUCAAACCCAAGUGUCUGUUUUCAUGACCAUGAAGCCGCACGGUCUUGACGGUGAAUGGAUGAGCUGGUGGGAGUACGUGGAGUGA